UCAAGAGAUCUUUGACAAACUUAAAAUAUUUGCUAAUUAUCCCGCCGUCUGUAGAUAAGGGGCGUAGAAAACAAAGAGAAUGGCGUACAGUACAGGAAGUGUGCGGAAUUUAUGACAAAAAAACUCGCAUUUGCAUGCAAAGCUAUAUGUGACAUGUAUUGAUUCAGUAACAUAUUACCAAUGCUGAGUGGUGACAUCAUACUGUCUAUGAACAAAAGUCGACAAACUCUAAGAGGAUGAAAAACAUUUUUAUUUUUUUCCUCGUUUGCUAAAAGCUUAGCAGUAUUGUUGACGAGAUUUGAGUAGAAAUUUUAAGUCAAUCAAAGCAUCAGUUAAAACAAAAGAAUCGUCAUAUUUUUUGUUAUCUACUCGAAGAAUUAUUUCUUUACCCAAAUGAGAGAAAAAAAUUAAAUCCCACAUAUUAUCUUGAUUGAAUCAGCUCCAGCUGUGAAAACAAAUACGCAGUCAGUCACGAAGUAUAUCAGUCACGCGUUAAUGUCAAUAAAUCAAAUUCGUGCAAAAAUAUAAGUAACAUCUCGUUGAGCACGAGUUUUUAUUUGGAGCACGCCGUUCAUCAAAUACUGCUGUAUGGUGUAUGCACAUAAAUGUCAUGUGAAACAGAAAUUAGGGUAAUUAAUAACUUCCAUUAAAAUUAACUAGCCUAUUAUCGGUAAUUAUUUUUGGUAUAAUUGUGGUGCUUUGAGCGAGCCAGAGAAGCUGAACAAGAUGCUAUCGCCUUGGUUGUUUCUUUAUAUGGUAUUGAUAUAUGGAUGCCCUGUGGUAAUGUCCAAAUAUGGCUACAAUACAACAAAGCAUAAAGAAAACAACAUUGAGAAGAUAACGAAGGCAAGAACAGGUGAUAAAAGAUUUUUGAAAAUUCCUGGUCAGAAAUUAUUACGACAAGAGGCAGCGGUUGGAAGACAAAAUGAAACAGAAAAUCAAUCGAAUAAUAAACUAAAAAACCUAGAACUUAUCACGAAAAAGUAUAUACAAAAUCCCAUGAACAAACUACCUAAAAAACACGUCACAAGACCGGCGUUAGACGCAUCGCAAGAGCACCGACGUCGGAGAAUUCGGCGUCAACAAGACUUGCACAUGGAUUCAUAUGGAGAAAUUCGAAAUAUCAGCACCCUACUAGAACCCCUUAUACAUGAAAUUAUCAAAGCUGAGAAAAACCAAACUUUAUUUAAUUCCACGAAAUUUGAACAUAUGAAAUCGAUGUUAGAUAACUACAUGAAAACCCUAACCACCCAAGCACCUGCGCUAGACAAAAUAACAUUCUCUACAACUCCGAAACCACGUUUGACCACGCCUGAACCCUGGUUUUAUCACUCAACAGACAGCAAUGGGUACAUCGUUCUUGGUGGAGGCGAAGAUGACGAAGGCGGUGACGACACCGAUAACCCAGAAUACAGCGGUAACCUAAGCGGAAGCGGUGACACCAACCACACUGGUAAACAAGCUGUUAGCAUCCAUCCAUCUUCGCCCGCUGUAGUAGAUAAAACGCUCGAAGAGGAAAUGGGAUUUGUUGUUGUAGCAGAGAGUUCAGCCAAUGAUAAACAGAGUGCAAGAAAUUCAACCAAUAAAAACCGACCGACCACAAAGGCUUUAACUACAAAAGGACAUAUCUCCCCAAUCCCUCCAAUAAAAGAAGCAUUUCUUGACAUAAAUUAUUACGGACCUUGUUUAUUUUGCAAGAUAAAAGAAACAUCAAAAACAAGAAGAAAAAAAAGAAAAACAUUUCGACAAAGUUUAGAGAACUUCGAUUUUGUUCUGCUGGCCCAAAAACAUCCUUCUGGUAUAUAUUCAGCUGUUCUGUCAUUACGAAGUGAAAAUAUUUUGUUCCCUUCACAUAACUACAUUAAAAUUCAUGUACCGCUUACAUGCGGCUGCUUUGCAAGUGCGGGAAACACCAGAUACAUUUUGGCGGGAAAUAAAAUGCAGGACAAACUCGUGUUGAAUAAUUACAUUCCACUGUAUGACAUAACGGAUUACAAACAAGUUCAGCAGAUUCAUGAUGCUAUGGUAUGAUAUUUAACGCGGGAAAACUCGUUUUGUAAAUAAUCGUGAUACUUGAAGUAAAAAUAAUUGUAUUAAAACGAAAUUUCCGUAGCUUCGUGGAAAAAUAAUGGAAAAUCUCAAAAGACAAAAAAGCGAGAAAAACAGAAGACAUCAUGAAUUUUGGAAAACACGUAAUAAACAUUGCUUAUAGUUGACUGCGCAUGCGUGCUAUUCACGCCUUACUAAUUCUGGCACAAGCUCUAACUAUAGAUGCUUUUGUACAUAGAGAGAAAAAAAAAAGAAAGACUGGAAUUUCUGACAGUUUGAAUAAAAAUGUUAGAAGCUAUAACUUGAAAGUACUAUCGUUUUAUGAUAAUAGAGAUUAUGAAAAUGAAAAUAUAUCGUUAACCUCGUUAUGAGGAAGAUAAAUUAUUAGAAUCGAGGCCAGAUAAUGUUGUAAAAUAUUACAUGAUGUAUAUUGAGAUUAAAAUAAAUGUAUAUGCAGGUAUGUUUUUAUUUUU